AUGGCGCGCGGAGAAGCAACAACGGGUUUGUCGGCUCAAAAUAGGAGAGAUGGAGUCCCAAAUCUCGACCAGAAUCUGGCCCUGUCGGAACGAUUUGAGUUGAGUUCGAAUAUGUCUUUUUCCUGGUCUUCAAAGGUCCAGAUAGAUUAUGCCCAGAGACCUCCAGUUCCUGCCCUGCUUCAAGGAGCCUGCGUUCAGUCCUUCUGGUUCACACAUGGCCUUCAACGCAGCUGGCUCGUUCAUCCGAAGAACUUGCACAAUAUGCGAGAUCGAACCCGCGCUACCGGUUCCGAUACCUUUCUGGCCUUGAUUACACGUGGCAGUUCGCUGUACCCUGGAGGUCAUGGUGGAAACAUUGCAUGA